AUUGAGAAGUAUAAUUUUUUUUUUUUCGAAAAUUCAAGUGUUCUGAAAAAUGUGUGUUGAAAACAUCGAAAACACUCAUUUGAUCAAUAAGCAGCAAAGUAUCAAAUAACUUUAAUAUCAUGUCAGUUGAUUGGGAUUCUAAAACUCAAAUGAGGGUCUUUUUUAAGAUAUACUCCACAAUUGAUCAUCUUAUGGUCAGUUCACCUUCAUUCCUAAUUUUCAAUGUCAGAAUCAGAAAUUAUAUUAAUGGUAACGAAAAUAAAAUUAAAAAUGGAUUCCAUAAAAUUGAAGACCACGAGGAAUAUCAGUAUCUCAAUCAUAUUAAAAAUAUUCUUAAUAAGGGAGUAAAAAAAAGUGAUCGAACCGGUGUUGGUACCUUAUCAAUAUUUGGGGCACAAAUGAGGUAUACACUUAAUGAAAGCUUUCCAUUACUGACUACUAAAAGAGUUUUUUGGAGAGCAGUGGUAGAGGAACUCUUAUGGUUUAUAAGAGGAAGCACAAAUGCAUUAAAAUUAAGAGAAAAAAAUGUUAAUAUAUGGGAUGCCAACAGUACCAGAGAGUAUUUAGACUCCAUUGGUCUCCCUCAUAGAGUGGAAGGAGACUUAGGACCUGUUUAUGGUUUCCAGUGGAGACAUUUUGGCGCAGAAUAUAAAGACAUGUAUUCAGAUUACACAGGACAAGGUAUUGAUCAACUGAUGAAAAUAAUAGAAACCUUAAGAAGCAAUCCAAAUGAUCGUAGAAUGAUAAUGUGUUCUUGGAACCCAAUUGACCUACCUAAAAUGGCUUUGCCACCUUGUCAUUGCCUCGUCCAGUUCUAUGUAGCCAAUGGAGAAUUGUCCUGUUUAUUAUAUCAAAGAUCUGCAGAUAUGGGCCUUGGCGUACCUUUCAACAUUGCUAGUUACGCACUUCUUACCAAUAUAAUAGCCCACAUAACAGAUUUGAAACCUGGAGAAUUCAUACAUUCAAUGGGGGAUAGCCAUGUUUACUUAAAUCACAUAGAAGCUCUUAAAGUUCAACUACAAAGAGAACCAAGGCCUUUUCCUACAUUAAAAAUUAAGAGGAAAGUGGAAAAAAUUGAAGACUUCACUUUUGAUGAUUUCGAACUAAUAAAUUACAAACCUCACCCAAAAAUUAACAUGGUAAUGGCUGUUUGAAGGGACAACUAUUAAUUUUAUAUUAUAAUAUUUUAUAGUAGUGUAACUGUAAUUGACUGUUCAUCAAUGAAAGAAAAAAAUCUUUAGUUUAAGGUUUUAUUGAUGUAUUUACACUUAUUUUUAUAUUAAAUCACUAAGAUCUG